CGGGACGCCAGUUACGGUGCAGGUCAGGACUAUGGCGGCCCGGCUGGCUAGGAUCCGGUGGGGGACUGCCCCUGCCGCUGCCCGGAGGGGCCCGCUGGUCUCCUGCCGGAGGUGGGCCGGCGCCUCGUCAGACACCGUGUACGAUGUGGUGGUGUCCGGGGGAGGCCUGGUGGGCGCCGCUAUGGCUUGUGCCUUGGGAUAUGAUAUUCACUUUUGUGACAAGAAAAUCCUGUUGCUAGAAGCAGGUCCAAAGAAAGUACUGGGGAAAUUGCCAGAAACUUACAGCAACAGGGUCAGCUCCAUUUCCCCUGGCUCCGCAACCCUUCUCAGUAGUUUUGGUGCCUGGGACCACAUCUGCAACAUGAGAUACAGAGCCUUUCGUCGAAUGCAGGUGUGGGAUGCCUGCUCAGAAGCUCUGAUAAUGUUCGAUAAGGAUAAUCUAGAUGACAUGGGCUGUAUAGUGGAGAACAAUGUCAUCAUGCAUGCUCUCACUAAGCAGCUGGAGGCUGUGUCAGACCGAGUGACCGUUCUCUACAAGAGCAAAGCAGUCAGCUAUACCUGGCCUUAUCCAUUUUCUAUGGCAGACUCCAGCCCUUGGGUUCAUAUUACCCUAGGUGAUGGCAGCAUCCUCCAGACCAAAUUGUUGAUUGGUGCAGAUGGCCACAACUCAGGCGUACGGCAGGCCGCUGGAAUCCAAAACGUUAGCUGGAACUAUGACCAGUCCGCUGUUGUGGCUACUCUGCAUUUAUCGGAGGCCACAGAAAACAAUGUAGCUUGGCAGAGAUUCCUCCCCUCUGGGCCCAUUGCUCUGCUUCCGCUCUCAGACACUUUGAGUUCCUUGGUUUGGUCCACAUCCCAUGAACAUGCAGCAGAGCUGGUCAGCAUGGAUGAGGAAAAGUUUGUGGAUGCCGUUAACUCUGCCUUUUGGAGUGAUGCCAACCACACAGACUUCAUCGACUCGGCUGGCUCCAUGCUGCAGUAUGCGGUCGCCUUUCUGAAGCCCACUAAGAUCUCAGCUCGCCAGCUGCCCCCAAGUGUAGCCAGGGUGGAUGCCAAAAGCCGAAUACUGUUUCCUCUUGGGUUGGGACAUGCUGCUGAGUACGUCCGGCCUCGGCUGGCACUCAUUGGGGAUGCAGCCCACAGAGUCCACCCACUUGCAGGACAAGGUGCCAACAUGGGCUUUGGGGAUAUCUCCAGCUUGCUGCAUCACCUCAGGACUGCAGCCUUCAAUGGGAAAGACUUAGGCUCCAUGAGUCACCUCACAGCUUAUGAAACAGACAGACAGCGUCACAACACUGCUCUUCUGGCUGCUACUGACCUACUAAAACGGCUGUAUUCUACCAGUGCCACCCCACUGGUGCUGCUCAGGACGUGGGGCUUGCAGGCUACAAAUGCAGUGUCUCCGCUCAAAGAACAGAUUAUGGCCUUUGCAAGCAAAUGAAUGCUCCUCUUCUGGAUCUUUUCCCAAGACCACCACGUAUUUUCAAGAUUUAAUUUAAUAAAUUUACAUUAGAA